GGACCGCAGUACAGAGAGAGAGAAAGAGCAGGAAAGACACACACACGCGGGGAGAGAAAGUUUAAUUCUGCCCUAACAGCUGUGUGGAGCUGCUGCGGUGUGUGUGUGUGUGUAUGCGCGCGUGUGUGGGGGUUAUGUGUGUGUGAGAACUGGCUGAAGACUGCAUGCAACUUUCUUUGCGUGGGAAGAACUAAACUUUUACUGCGAGUCCCGCCGGAUCGUCCUGCAAAGUCGCGAGCUGGCCACAGCCACAGCUGAUUGUCUUUGUGCCUCGGUAUCCUCGUAGGAAUCAUGGGUAGUAAAACACUUCCUGCUCCCGUACCUCUUCACCCAUCCCUCCAGCUGGCCAAUUACUCCCUCCUCCAAACCUCCAACGGCUUCCAUCUUCCUGCUGAUCAGAUGCCGGGUAUCUACAGCUUCAGCGCGCUUCAUGCUGUCCAUUUGCACCACUGGACCCUGGGAUAUCCUCCGUUUUUGCCCCGCUGCACCUUCUCCCGUUUUCCUCUUCCCUCCAUCCCACUCCUCCCUCAGCUGGUGCAUCCAGCCAAACAGGAAGCGAAGAGCAAGCCACGCUUCGACUUCGCCAACUUGGCUGCCGCCGCCACUCAGGAAGAGCCGCUGAAGGCCGAGGACCUGAGCGUGUCCGUUGGAGGUGGAGGGCACACAAACGCGCCUUCCCUAGGAUGCCUACUUGAUGUGGCCAAGCUGGCUUCGCCCGAGAGGAAGCCGAGCCGAGGAAGGCUGCCUUCCAAAACCAAGAAGGAGUUCGUGUGCAAAUUCUGCGGCCGCCAUUUUACCAAGUCUUACAAUCUGCUGAUCCAUGAGCGCACGCACACGGACGAGAGGCCAUACACCUGCGACAUCUGCCACAAGGCCUUCAGGAGGCAAGAUCAUCUCCGAGACCACCGGUAUAUCCACUCUAAAGAGAAGCCAUUCAAAUGCCAGGAGUGUGGAAAAGGUUUCUGUCAGUCCAGGACUCUCGCCGUCCACAAAACAUUACACAUGCAAGUCAAAGAGCUCAAACCCGCCAAGAUAAAGUGAGGUCAUGCUGCAUUAGCCAAUGGGGACACUGGAAAGCCAAAGACCCGAGGACAGCAGCCAAUAGCAAUAGCAAUCUGACCAAAGAGUGAAAGGUGCAAGACUCAAACUAAUAUGAUAUCAAAAUAUGGACUUAUGGAGCCAAGAGCUCUCGCUGAAUCUGCAAACACACGGUGGUUCUGAAUAAAAAUCAGAUAUUAAACAGUGAGGUCAAGCUGAAACAGCCUGUGGGAUAGCAGGAAAUCCAGAACCACGAGGACUUCAGCCAAUCGCGAGAGCCAAAACCAAAAUAUGACCAAAGAGUGAAAGGUGCAAGACUCGAAUGGAUACCAAAAAUAUAUAUGUAUGUAUGUAUGUAUGUAUGUAUGUGUUUAUGUAUUUGUGGAUCGCCGUGGAUUUAAAGUCAGAUCCAAGACAUCCACUGAUCAGGUGGCUAGAAAUCCAAAGACCUACCGGACAUCAGGCAUUACAGAGCCAUGUGCAAAAAACCAUGACUUUCAACAGGUGAAAAUCUCCAGCUGACACCAGACCAAACGAUGGAUUUAUGAAUCUGAGAGUUUGAUGAAUCUGCAGUCACACAGCAGACGAGCAGAAUCAGCUGUGAGGACGUGGGAAACCCCAGCAGAGCAAACCAAAGAAACUCGUUUAAAAAAAAAAAAAGACCAAAGAGUGAAAGGUUCCAGAGCAAGAGGUAAAUCAAGAUGAUGCCCAAAUAUGGAUUAAUGGGUUGCUGAAGUUACAAAACAAAGCGCAAUUGGACACGUUCGGAUCUGAGUAGCGUCGGACUCAGACUUUUAGAAGCCUAAUCAUCUUGGAUUUACGGAUUUGGAGACGUUUGGACUUUGGAAUUUUGGUAGAGCCGAGGAUGGAUCAAAUCCAGACUCGAGUUCAUAAAACUGUGACGUCAGACUUUUUUGUUCUGUCUGAUGACAGAUCCAUCAGCGUGAUGUUUAAUCAAUCUCCAGAAGCCGCAGAGGCUGUGUGACGUACAGGACAAUCACUAAAAAACAAACAAACAAAGCCAUUUACUCGACUAGCCAAAGCCACAUUCCAAUUUUGUAAUAUUUUUGUACAGAUUUACUUUUUGUAUAACUGUUAUUUGGCACUUUAAUCGGUUUAUGGAUUAUUUACAUAUAUCACUGGAUUCCUUAAACUUAUUUUAAAAAAAUAAAUAGUCAUUUUCUUAACGAAA